AUUCUAAAGACGUCCAUCAUGUCGACCGAUGACUCUAGUUGGACAUACUAUCACUACGAUCCUUCUCUACCUGCAGCCAUUAUAUUCACCAUUCUUUUCGGCAUAAGCUCCCUGUUCCACACGUAUCAAGCGCUGCGCACACGAACCUGGUGUUUCAUUCCCUUUGUGAUAGGCGGCUUCUUUGAGUGUGUUGGCUACAUUGGCCGUGCGCUUGGACAUUACGAGACACCAAAUUGGACUUUGGGGCCUUAUGUACUCCAAAGCCUCCUUCUCCUUGUUGCUCCUGCCCUAUUUGCUGCUUCCAUAUACAUGGUCCUUGGAAGGCUUAUUAUAAUCACGAAUCAUCCUGAAUUUGCCAUUGUGAGACCGCAUUGGCUAACCAGAUUCUUUGUCUCUGGAGAUGUCUUGUCGUUCGUUGUGCAAGCCGCCGGUGCUGGCCUCAUGGUUACCGGAGUGAAUGGUAUGAGACUAGGCGAAGAUGUCGUGAUAGCUGGCUUGUUUGUCCAGGUCGCCUUUUUCGGUCUUUUCAUUAUCACGGCGACCAUUUUCAACUGGCGCAUGCGAAACAUGGUUACUGCUCGCCUGGCUGUACCUGGGCUUGCAUGGCAGAAGCAUCUCGCUAUAUUGUACGCCGCCUGCAUCCUCAUCAUGGCCCGAUCAGUUUUUCGAGUUGUUGAGUAUAUCCAGGGAAAUAAUGGCUACCUACUUCGGCACGAGGUAUUUCUCUACGUAUUUGACGGCGUCCUGAUGUUCGUGCAGAUGGUGCUCUUCAACUUUCACCACCCGAGCAGACUUCUAUCCGCAAAGACUACGCAAUUGCCCAAUCAUUAUAACAAUGUACACUUGCAGCCAUGGCUGUAA